AUGGCCCAUCUGACGUUGACUUACCGAACUCCAAGACAGGAACGAAAUCCUCAACGACAUAAAAGAAUGUCUUCUCGUCUAAACAUUAAACCCAGAGAUAAUAGUCGGAACCUUCGGCAGUCAGAGCAGAUGCAAGCGGAUCGAGCUAUGGUGGUCCCCAGUCGAGCCCGGAAGCCUCAGACGACGCCACGUGGACCCUGCGUCCUGCAUCCCCAAGCGACCUGUGAGAAGGCCGCAUGCAAACGCCAUACGCACUUCCGCAGUCAGUAUUGUACAGUACUAGAAACGUUCAUCACGGCUCUACAUUCUAAUGGCUUGCUUGCACCUCCUUCUAUCCACGAAUUCUGGAAUUCUGGACCCGCACAGGUCGGAAUUGGAUCGAAAAAGGCCAAUUGGAAGACCGUCCCUAAGGAAGUGAUCGAGAUUAGAGUGAGUGAAUUGGGGAGAGAUGGAGUGCGGAGCAUUGCUCUCGCACGUGCCUCCGAGAGGUCUUCAGCAAUUAUGGCUGCAGACCACAAGCCCUCCGAAAUCUUCUCAGAGAGUGCAGAUCGUUCCUGCAUAGAUUGCGACACGUGUCGUUGGAUGGCUCCGGAAGUGUUUUCGCGAGCUGGGGGGCACUCUGCUGUGCACAAGCAACCAGCCACACCCGAGGAAAGACUGCGAGCUCUGCAGGCUCUCGUGUCAUGGCCUACAGGUUCCAUACGCACGUUAACUCCCUCCGAGGAUGUUCUGCAGGCUCAGAAAACCUUUCCUCUUUGUAUCGAUGAGUACUUGCCGUAUUUCAUUCAACGACCAGAGGGCAACAUACUCGUCGACAGUCCUCGAUUCAAUGAGCGUUUGGCAAAGCGCUUGGAAACCAUGGGUGGUGUGAAGUAUAUGUUUCUUACUCACAAGGAUGACGUUUGCGAUCACAAAAAGUGGAAGAAAAGAUUCAACUUAACACGUAUCAUACACAAAAUGGAGGUCCAGCGGGACACUGAAGACGUCGAGGUGAAACUGGAGGGAACAGGCCCUUGGAAUUUAGGAUCUGAUAUUGAGAUGAUCUUCACUCCUGGUCACUCCCCGGCACACGUCGUUCUCCUGUUGAAAGACAGACAAGCGCUCUUCACUGGAGAUCACAUGGGCGCGUCGAUGACCAAUGAAAUCUUCAUCGAUCAAGUCCACAAUUGUUAUUCCAUCGAGGAACAAGCUAAAAGCUACGAGCUUCUUCUGCCGAAGGACUUUCUAUGGGUUUUACCAGGGCAUUGGCGAAGGUACAAGUUCCAAGAUCUAGAAGACAAUAACACAUCGUUAAGAAAGGCUGACGCUGUCGCGAGGGGCGUGACCAAUGGCCAGUCCAACUAG